UCGGCCUUGGCACGCCGAAGUGUGCCAAAAAAAAUCGGCACAAAGAACUCAAUUAGAGAACCCAAUUGGGAAAUGUCUCAAGAUCACACGAAGUCAGCACAAAUUCCGGCGAACUGAAAGCUAGAAUCAACUGUCAGUCACGAACAUCUACAAUUUCACCUGGUCAGCGUUAUAAAAUCGACUGCGCAUCGCAAGUGGCCACACAGUUUGAACUGGAGCACCCACAAUGAUGACGGAAAAGAUACGGAAGAGCAGCCUCUGUGGCUAUACGGUGAUACUUCUACUGGCGGCCAUCCAGUUCCAAGCAAGUGUAGUGUCCAGCACGACGACCAAAGCGCCGUCUACAGUGGCCACCUCCACGAAAUCUAGUCGCAAUGUGAAUCCCCUCACGGAGUCGAAGCUCGAGAAGAACUGCAAGGCGCUGUGUGAGCAUUGCGGCUGCCUGGGUUUCUACUGCGGCGAGGAGUGCCUGUGCGAGUGUAAUGACGACCACUCCGAUACGGAGUGCAUCCGCACCAUGCAGAUGAAUGCCAAGACGUUGAAUCUCCCAUUCGAAAUAGUCAUCCAGGGACCGAGCAGCAAUCGCUUUGUGCGCAACGCCCAGCAGUUUGAGCAGAAGCGGGAUCUGCUGGCCAGGAGCGCCUCCGCUUCGAAUCAGUCGCCUCGAAAUCGUCGCUCAAACAUAACCAUCUACAAGCCCUCCGCUAAGUCGGCCAAUCAACGUACUGUCAAUGCCUUGGAAAAGCCAUCCAAGGCAUCGGAGCAGAUUAGGCACAAGAGAUCCGUCGAGCACCUGGAGUGGUUCAAUGACUUUGCCAGUUCCUUGGUGCGCCCCUCGCCCUUGGGCACUAGAGCCCAAAAGCAGCAGCGUGCAUCAGCCAAGCCAUCGGCAUUUAAGCGUCAGGCUGAGCUGGACGAGCCGGCUCGUCGGGAGCCAUGGUUCCUGGAGCAGGCUGCUGCGCGACUGACCCGCCCCGCUCCCCUUAAGAAGGAGCAGCUCACCCGGAAGAACAAGAAGAGUUCGUUGUUCCGAAAGAGCACCAAGAGCAAGGCGUCCAAGGAGCAGUCGCGCAGAGAACCGGAGCGAGAGAUUCGGCCACUUCGCGAUGCCCUGCAGGUGGUGGAGCGUAUACCCAAGGUGCUCCAGGAUACUGUGAGUCAUCUGUCCUCCGAUCCACGCACUGGGGAUGUCUUCAGCCUGAAUAUGCGGAACGAGGACUUGCCGCCGAAAAACGAUCUCCAGGCUGAGGAUCGUGCGCCCCGCAGGCCAAGUGCCGCCGUCCGUGGUUUCCGGCGUAAUGAGAUCAUUCCCGAAGCCGUCACCCUUGCCGCCCCAAUGGACCUUGUCCCACGCGUUCCACUUCCCGUACAGCGUCCAGGUGGUCUUCUGCUGCCCUGGCUAAGGCAGCGGCGACUGAUGCGCCUGCAGCAGGCACAGGGAAAUCUGUAGAGGCACUCCGCCCUCCAAUUUACUUUCACUUCAUUUAUUAUAAUCCUUUGUUGUAUAUUUAUAAGGCAUUUUGGGCUCUCAAAAAAUAAACUUGCACAUUCUAGUGUUCUGCAGUA